AUGACUCUCCCAGUUUCCUGUUUUUAGUGCAUGCGUCUAACUGUUUCAAAUGCUUCACUAGAUGCACCAUCUCCUCAGUUGUGGGAUUAUUUGCUUUGUGCAUCAAGUGGUUUAGUGUUUGGUUUGUCUUGCAUGCAGGAGUUUGAGCGGGCGAAUACACAGCGUGUGCGUCAGCUCUUUUUUACCUCUGUGGAUGAGCUGCUAUAUGAGGGGAGAGUCAGCAGCCGCUCGGAGUCACUGCAGGAGGAGUGUGAGGAGUGGAACGGACACACCCCUCAUCUCAGAAUUUUAGGGAAUCAGAUGGAGCCUCCUAAACAGGAGGGUGUUCAGUACAUCUGCAGACGAGAGUCCAGUGCCAGAACCUCCUUCUUCUCCACACCCAGCUGUCUGGACGAAAGAGAAGACCAUAGCGAGCUGUAUGUAGCAGGCCGCAGUCUGGCCCCGGGACUUUGGUGUGAGCAGUCUGUCCAGAGCUCCAGCUCUCCGCUUUGUGAGCAUUCACUCAACCUCUCAGAGGAAGAGGAGGUGUAUGAAGCAGAGGGCAGCAUUGAGGAGUUUUUGGCUUAUGAUGGAGAAGAAAUCUGGUACUGCCCAAGAAAAAAAGAUACAGUUCAUUAA